GGCUCGCUGGCCUCAGCUAUCCUCGUGGUUUGUAUGAGUGGUCUACUACAAAAGAGAAGCCAGAGAGAGAAAGAGGGAGAAAGGGAGAGAGAGAGCGAGUUAGCUCAGUGGUCCGCUCCAUUGUCCAAAAUCCUCUCCGGCGAUUUCCAACGGCACCAUUCACCUACGGAUCUGACUGUAUCGCCGCGGCCUCCUGCUGGUGGGGUUCUGAGUAGAGUGGGAAGGUCGAUGCUCGUCGGCGGUUUCCCGAUUGAUGUGCUUUUUAGGUUUUUUUUUUGUUUGCCUGGAGCUUGGGCUUUGACAUGUGGGCUUGAUUACGUCUGAUUGAAGCGGGGCGGCAAAGGAUAUUUCAAGGAACAACCUGAGAAGUAAUCCCUGUGGUUUUAUCUUCUUCAUUACUUGGAAUUGAGUAGCAGAGAAGUUGGAGGUAUCUUGGGCUUUUGCAUUACAUCCCUCUGUUAUCAUUACUCGUGGAGAGUAUAGAUGUUGAGGGCUCGGAGACGUGUGCCUGGUUGCGAUGAGGGAUGCUAGCUGUGUUGAUGAACUACCUGAGGGCCUGCUGGCGGCCAUCUUCUGAUUGCCGCUAUGUCCACGCUGGGUCUGAUGCGGUUGGCAGGCAGGAAGGGCUUCUCUGGUACAAGGACUUGGGGCAGCAUGUGAAUGGGGAAUUCUCCAUGGCCGUGGUCCAGGCCAACAACUUGCUAGAGGACCAAAGCCAGAUAGAAUCUGGCCCCUUGUCUUCCCUGGACUCUGGUCCCUAUGGAACUUUCGUGGGAGUCUAUGAUGGGCAUGGUGGUCCGGAGACAUCAAGAUACAUCACCGAUCAUCUGUUUCAACAUCUAAAGAGAUUUGCUUCAGAACAGCAUUCAGUAUCACCUGAAGUGAUUCGUAAGGCAUAUCAAGCAACAGAGGAAGGAUUCCUUUCUUUAGUUGCCAAACAAUGGCCUGUAAAACCUCAGAUUGCUGCUGUUGGAUCUUGUUGUCUUGUUGGCAUCAUUUGCAGUGGAACCCUGUAUGUUGCUAAUGUUGGAGACUCUCGUGUUGUUAUGGGAAGGUUAGUCAAGGCAACUGGAGAGGUUUUGGCAGUCCAGUUGUCGGCGGAGCAUAAUGCAAGUAUCGAGUCUGUUAGACAAGAGCUACGUGCACUGCACCCUGAGGACUCACAAAUUGUUGUCCUGAAGCAUAAUGUUUGGCGUGUUAAGGGCCUUAUCCAGGUAUCCAGGUCAAUUGGUGAUACAUAUCUCAAGAAAGCUGAGUAUAAUCGUGAGCCCCUGUAUGCAAAAUUUCGCCUUCGUGAACCUUUCAAAAAACCGAUACUUAGUUCUGAGCCAUCAAUUUCAGUACAUCCACUUCAGCCACUGGACCAGUUUCUUAUUUUUGCAUCUGAUGGACUAUGGGAGCACCUUAGCAAUCAACAAGCAGUUGACAUUGUGAAUAGCAGUCCUCGCAGUCAGGGAAGCGCCAAAAGGCUUAUAAAAACCGCACUCCAAGCAGCAGCCAAGAAGAGAGAGAUGCGGUACUCUGAUCUUAAGAAGAUCGAUCGCGGAGUUCGCCGGCAUUUCCAUGACGACAUAACGGUGGUGGUCGUAUUCCUCGACUCGAAUCUGGUAAGCCGGGCGAACUCAUCUAAGGUUCCAGUCCUUUCCCUUAGAGGGGGAGGAAUCACCCUCCCUCACAAUUCUCUUGCCCCUUGUGCUGCACCAGCAGAUCUCACUGGCCCUUGAUACAGACUCUCUCAGCUUCCUGCUUUGAUUUAUUAUGAUGAUUCGCUGUAUUAUCACAAAGGAAUCAAAUCCCUUUGUGCUGUAUAAUUUCUUCACGUAAUCUAGGGUUUACUUUCACAUUUAGGAUGAUGGGACUAUAAAGAGUUAUUUACUAGGAAACCUUUUUUAAUUUAAUUUUCUUUUUUUUUUCUUCAUAAAAAACUUGUGAUACAUUCACCUUGUAAAUUCUAUACUACUCAGACCUACCUUUUCAGUCUAAUCUUUUUUUUUU